UGCAUAUACCGUAUGUGUAGCAUGUCUGUGUCUGUUUUGCCGUGACACUAACCGUGGUGUACUAUGUAAGGGUGUUGUGUUGUUACGAAUAGUGAAGUAAGUGGAGAUUCGCAAUAGUUGUGUUGCGUCAAGAAAAACAGAAGAGGCAGAAAAUAAAGGAAUCGAUAAUGACCUUUAUCUUCGUUUCCUGUAUUCCUAAAGGUCUCAAGCGUGGCCCUGUAUAUCGAAUCAUUAAGCAAGGCAUUGAAACAGUUGCUCAAGUACAGAAUAUUUGGAUACAUCCAAGUAAGGGAUAUGCCUUCGUUGACCUGUAUUGUGAAACAUCUGUGGACCUCGUUCUUUCGCUGAACAAAAAAAUUGAAGUAAACAGGGUUCCGCUGAAUCUAGAAAGAUCAAAGCCAAUAACCGAAGGGAGAAGACAACAGGUAACCAAGCAGCAACUGCAACAUGGAUUUAAACGGAAUGAUCAACAUCGAGACUUGUCUUGUCGCAGUGUCCACGUUGGUUACUGUUCGUAUACAGAAUACAAGCAUGAUCGAUAUGAAACAAGAUCAAGUCACAUACCAGCGGCAGUCCCUGUCAGAAAACUCAAAAAGUUAAAACCAUGGAAGAAGGUUAAGAUACAACCAACUGUUCCAUCACUGAAACCACAACUUGCUAGGAAAGCGCCCACGUGCUUUCAACAUUUCAAGAAAAGGAACUACCAUCAUAUUACAUCAAAGUGUCCCUCCUUUACUUCAUCCGUUAAGCGCCAAAAUCUUUACAAGAACAGAAACGUAAGGGCACCGGCCAACAGCAUCCAAAAUGUCAAGAAAAAUAUCAUUCCCGCUUGUAACAUGGAAACUUUUCAACAUGUCACCCCGCCGAAAUUUUACGCAAAAGCAAAUUUGGAAUCCAGUAAAAGUAAAACGUGUUGGCAUCAUCUGCCGUUUACACCUUCAGCAAACGAUCCCGAAAGUUGCUAUGUUCGUGUUCAUGUGUAUCAUAACUCAAAAUAUCUUUUCAACAUUGAUGUGGACAACAAACAUGCUUAUGAAAGCAUUCAAACGACAUUAUACCAAAAGCGUGUAUGCCCAGUAGGAUCGUUUCUCCUUUUCUAUAACGGUAAAUUGCUGGAUAAAGCUGGUCAUCCAACAAUAUCUGAUGAUGACAAUAUCCACAUUACUGUAAGAGGCGUUGGUGGCAUGAAUCAAGAUGAUCUCCCAAAACCAACUGAUUCAGAAUACAAUCGUGCUCAAGCAGCGAGGUCAGACAUGCCAGUUCGUACUUCUGAUGACGAUGGACAAUCCGAUACAAGUGUACAUCAACACAAACAAUCUUCAGACGUGACUGAAAGUACAGACACGCCAUCCUGUUCUUCUAAUGACAAUGAACAAUCCUGUACAUGUGUGCCACCAAAUGAACAACAAUCCUGUACAUGUGUACCACCAAAUGAACAACAGUCUCGUACAGGUGUACCACCAAAAGAACAAUUUCCCGUAGUGACUGAAGAUACUGAUAUGCCAGUUCGUACUUCUGAUGAUGAUGGACAAUCCGAUACAGGUGUACAUCAACACGAACAAUCUUCAGACGUGACUGAAAGUACAGAUGGGUUGGUAUUGUAUAAUGUAGACACGCCUUCCUGUUCUUCUGAUGCCAAUGAACAAUCCUGUACAGGUGUACCAUCAAAUGAACAACAAUACCGUACAGGUGUACCACCAAAAGAACAAUCUCCCGUGGUGGCUGAAGAUACUGACAUGCCAAGUCGUACUUCUGAUGACGAUGGACAAUUCGAUACAGGUGUACAUCAACACGAACAAUCUUCAGACGGGACUGACAGUACAGAUGGGUUGGUAUUGUAUAAUGCAGACACGCCAUCCUGUUCCUUUUAUGACAAUGAACAAUCCUGUACAGGUGUGCCACCAAAUGAAAAACAGUCCCGUACAGGUGUACCACCGAAAGAACAAAAGUCCCGUACAGGUGUACCACCAAAUGAACAACAGUCCCGUACAGGUGUACCACCAUUUGAACAACAAUCCCGUACAGGUGUACAACCAAAAGAGCAAUCUCCUGUGGUGGCUGAAGAUACUGACAUGCCAGUUCGUACUUCUGAUGACGAUGGACAAUCCGAUACAGGUGUACAUCAACACGAACAAUCUUCAGACGUGACUGAAAGUACAGAUGGGUUGGUAUUGUAUAAUGCAGACACGCCAUCCUGUUCCUCGGAUGACAAUGAACAAUCCCGUACAGGUGUACCACCAAAAGAAAAACAGUCCCGUACAGGUGUACCACCAAAAGAACAACAAUCCCGUACAGGUGUACAACCAAAAGAACAAUCUCCCGUGGUGGCUGAAGAUACUGACAUGCCAGUUCGUACUUCUGAUGACGAUGGACAAUCCGAUACAGGUGUACAUCAACACGAACAAUCUUCAGACGUGACUGAAAGUACAGAUGGGUUGGUAUUGUAUAAUGCAGACACGCCAUCCUGUUCCUCGGAUGACAAUGAACAAUCCCGUACAGGUGUACCACCAAAAGAAAAACAGUCCCGUACAGGUGUACCACCAAAAGAACAACAAUCCCGUACAGGUGUACCACCAAAAAAACAAUCUCCCGUGGUGGCUGAAGAUACUGACCAUGCAUAUAAAUACAUGCCAGUUCGUACUUCUGAUGGCGAUGGACAAUCCGAUACAGCUGUACAUCAAUACGAACAAUCUUCAGACGUGACUGAAAGUACAGCCCAGAUCUACGACCGGGAGUUGAAGGACGAGUUACGAAUCGUUUUGAUUGGCAAAACAGGAGUAGGAAAGAGUGCGACAGGCAAUACUAUACUUGGGACAGACGCCUUUAAAUCUUUAGUUGCAGGUGCCUCGGUGACUGAUAAGUGUCAAUCUGACAACGCGCGUCGAUUCGGAAAAAAUAUCUUAGUUGUUGAUACGCCAGGCAUGUACGAUACUGACCUCAGCAUAGAACAGACUAAAGAAGAGGUCAGCAGAUUAGUCAGUAUGACGAUACCGGGUCCUCACGCUAUUAUCCUUGUUGUCACCAUAGGAAGGUUUACAAAAGAAGAACGAGAUGCAGUUGGACACCUUGCUGAUCUGUUUGGUGACGACAUGUAUAAAUAUCUUGUUGUGUUAUUUACAGGACGAGACAAUUUAGAACGACAGUCGGAAAGUUUAGAAACAUUUAUAAAGUAUAGCACAAAACAUCUUCGGGACUUGUUAGGUAUGUGCAAUUAUCAGCAUAUUGCGUUUGACAAUACUAAACCGAGAGCACAACGGGACAAUGAUGCAAAACAAUUGCUGGAUAUGGUUGAUGGAAUCGUUGAACGUAAUGGUGGUUCUCAUUAUACCAAUGCAUUGUAUAAGAAAGCAGUGGAAGUCUUCAGGUCACGUGAACUGGAACGUCAGCGAGAAAAAGAAGAGCAAAAGCGAUUACAUGAAGAGCAAAUCAGGAAUGAAGUAAGUGCUGAGUACAGAAAACUUCAUCAGGAAAUGGAAAAACAAAAUAAGCGCUUAGAUUAUGAGCUACAGCAGAGUAAUUACCGUGCUGUUUCAAACGAAAAUAGAAUUAAAGAUAUAAGUGAUAAAAUGGAAGAACAAAGAAUACAUAAUAAGGAAAGGGUGAAAAGGAUGGAACAAGAAAAAUAUGAUAUACAGGCUAAGUUGCGAGACGCUCAGUCAGAAAUAAAGAUACAAGCAAAAUUUACUGAAAUGGGAAGAGAAAUUGAAAGGCAGUUGCAGGCGAAUAAAAAUAUAUCUUAUGCAAGCAAUACAGAAAUUUCGAAUUUAAAAGCAGAUUUAGAGAAACUCGGAGAGGAGAAAAAAGGGUGGUGUCUUAUUAUGUGAUAGAAUGUUUUAAUUUGAUGCAUUAAUUCUUACAUAACUCUGAUAUUUUUGAGAGUUGAUACAUUUUCCUUGUGAAAUUGACAAAUCAUAUGAUUUAAAUAUUAAGCAUUAAUCGAAAUAGAGAUACCUAUACAAUGAUGUUGGACAAAAUAUCCUUCUCAAAGUUUUAUCGAGUGAAUUUCGUUAAAAUCGUCAAAUUUAGUAAGAUAUCAAUAAAUAUAAAACAAAACGUCAUUUUACAAAACAAAAUGUUUGUAAUAUCUCAUUACAACUAUAACGUAACCAUUUAUUGUAAACAACAUCAUAUAUUACACGAACACUGCUGGUUACCUAUAUAAAUAUCCAAAUACCUUGUAUUUUUUAAUUAACUUUACUUCAUUGCAAUUUUACAAAAAUGGCUAAAGACCGUCUAGAUAUUGAUAGUCCGGUGGCUUAGCAAAAUUUUUGUGACACGCUGGUCCAAAGCACCAAAAUUGGUACAAAUGCUCCUUAGAUGAUACAAAAUCAUUCUGCAGGUAUGUGCCCGACCUACGACUUCCGGUUUAGGAUUUUUCAAGAUGGCCGCCACCACCAUUAUCAAAAAUAACCUUAUGUACUAUAACUUGGAAACUAAAGCAUA